AUGGUGAUCGGCUACUGUGCAGCAUUGGCUUGCUUUCCAGACUACUGGUGGACCUGCACGCUUUGCUUCGGGAUCCCCUUCUCGUACAUCGCCAUCCAGAACAUCUACAUCGAUCACGAUGUGAUGCAUGGUGCCACUUUCCCGGUGUACGAGUGGCAGCGUUUUUUGACCCACCCAUUUGCUGACUUCUUCAGCUUGCCGUGGGAGGAAUUCGUCCUCGAGCACAACAGGCACCAUGCCUCAACUGUGGACUUGCUGAUCCAGGGUGAGUUCGGCUGGGACCCCGAGGAGUUCCACUACGCCCUGCAGCAGUGGGCCGGGCCAUGGAGCUCCAACUGGUACAAGUACCUGCUCACCGUGCCCUUCAUCCCUGUGAUCCACUUCUUUGGCCUGAACGACACCGGCUCCCUGUUCGCCUUGGAGUGGUGGAUGCACUUUCCCGACGAGGGCGCAGGUGGCAAGUGCAACAAGGAGUUUUGGAGCAAGUGGAUUCCACGCCGCGUCAAGCACAAUGCCUUCGUGCUCUCCCUGUGGGCGUGCGUGUGGCUGCUCGGCACUUACCCUCUGGGACGUCCUCUGAGCGAGGGCUGGCGGUUUAUGUUCACCGUGUCCGUCUUCGCUCGCAUCGGCUACUCCGCGGCCUGGAUGUUCAUCACCAACUUCACUCAUAGCUUGCCUUGGAACGAGUUCCUGGCACAGGAUCCGGGCCGCACCUGGCCUGUCCUUCACAACGUGAUGGCCAUGGUCCUUGGAGGAAAGCACCGCUGGAACGAGAUGCUCUUCCACGAUGUCCAUCAUGCGUUCCCAAAUGCUGUCGGCACGCUGAGCCAGCGCGGCCGCUUCCACGGCUGGGAGAAGGCUCUUCGGUUCAUGAUGCAGCUGCAGAAGUCCUUCACCGUGGGCUUUGGAAACCCAGAUGCAGAAGACGCAGAAGAAGCGCUCCUUGAUGAUGAAGCAGGGCAAAUGAGCGUGUCAGGCAGCCUGGACAAGCGCAACCAGGCAGGCUCCGGAGGUCGCGGCUUACGAGUGCCGUUCUCGGGCUUGGAGCGGCCUAAGAGCGGCGGGAUCCUCUCCGUCCUCGAGGACAUGAAGUCCAAGGCCCGCGACAAUCUGAACACCUUGGUCUCAGAGGACAAGAAGGCCCAGCACAGCUUCGCCAUGCUGCAGCAGUCACUUCAGAUGCAGAUCGCCGCCGACAAGAAGGAGAUGGAGCAGACCAAGGCCGUCAAGGCCGAGGCCUCCGAGAGCAAGGCCACCGCAGAGGGCGACCUCACCGGCUCCGAGAAGGACCUUGCCAACGACAAGGCAUCCCUUCAGAAGCUGGAGGCGAGCUGCUCCCAGGCGACUGCCGACUUCGAGGAGUCCAAGGCGAGCCGCGCCGAGGAGCUGGAGGCCCUGAAGAAGGCUGAGGAGGUUCUCGCGGAGAAGACGGGCAAUGCCCAGGCGAGCGUCUACAAGGCCAUGUUUCUGCAGGUGAACGAGCACAGCCAGACUCGAUCCAACAGCUCCCAGCCUGACAUCAGGAGCUUCGAGGUCGUCAAGAUGGUGCGCACGCUGGCUAAGAAGUCCCAGUCCAGUGGCCUGGAGACGUUGGCCUCCAACAUCGAGUCGCUCUUGCAGACACGCCAGUCCGAAGACGUCUUUGCCAAGGUCAAGGAGCUCAUCCAGAACAUGAUUGACAGCCGCAAGGAGGAGGCUGCAGCCGACCAGACAAAGAAGGCUUAUUGCGACGAGGAGAAGGCCAAGACGAAGGACAAGGUGGACGACCUCACCAGCACCAAGGAGAAGCUGUCGGCCAAGGUGGACAAGAAGUCCUCCGAGUCCGAGACUCUGAAGAGCGAGGCGGCCACACUGCAACGGGAGCUUGCAGAGCUCGCCCAGUUGCAGAUUGAGAUGGACGAGACUCGCAAGGAGGAGAGCACCGCCUUCAAAAAGCAGAAGGAGGACCUCGAGGCCGGCUUGGAAGGUGUGCGCUCGGCACUCACCGUGCUGCGAGACUACUACGCGUCUGGCACGGCUCUCCUCCAGCAGCCGGACCUCGGCUUCGCAAAGUCGAGCAGCGCCUCCACCGGUAUCCUCGGCAUGCUGGAAGUCGUGGAGAGCGACUUCGGCCGGAGCCUCGCCCAGGCCGAGACGGCCGAGGCUACGAAGGCAGAGGACUACGAGUCCAUGACCAAGCAGAACAAGCUCACCAAGGUGCAGAAGGAUCAGGAUCAGAAGUACAAGACGAAGGCAGCUACUGCCUUGGACCAGGCAGUCGGGGACCUGUCUUCCGACGGGGAGUCCACCAAGGACCUUUCAGCGUGGAGCCCGAUCGGCUCAAAAGGAACACAUGAAAGACUCGCCAAAGCCGCCAUGGGCGGCCGGGGAAAGGGCAGAGCCCAGUGGGUGGCACGAGCGCCGGCAACGGAAGACUGGCCGACAGCCGACGACAGGCGCUUUGUCACGGAGCUCAAUGCACUCUCCGUCGAGUACUCCUCAGCCGGGUUUGGCGACCCGGGGAUGCUCACCGCCGGCAAGGCACGUAGGCAGCUCGCCUUCGCUGAAACUGCAAGGCGCAGAUGGCCAAAUUUCGGCGAGUUCUGGACUGAGGAGGUCCCGCAGUGGAGCACUCCCAAGGUGGACCUGAAGUGUGACUUCUGGCAAGCCGGGCACAAGCGCUACUUGGAGGCUUUGCAUCGCUACGUGCGCGGCCUCGCCUCAGAUGCGGACGUGCGCGCGAAAAUGCAGCUGCUGUCCGAUCUGGGCUUCCGACUCAUUGAAAGCUUUGUCUCCGAGGAGGAAGAGUCGGAUCUGAUGAACUACUGGUCUGCCGACGGCCCGGUCUAUGCCUUGGGCACCGAAGAGAAACGGUCCAGGCGCAGAUUCUUCAACUAUGGUCCCAUUCUCCCCAAGGAGACGCAAGGAACCACCAAAUCCACCUUGCAUGUGAUCCCGAGCGUCUUCGGCGCGAUGCCGCCUGUGGUUGAGAAGCAAAGGCUCCAAGCACGGAUCCGCGAGUCAUCGCCGGUUGCGCCGGAGGCAGAGGACGACUUCGACCAGAUGUACGUCAAUUUCUACGAUUCAUCGAUUAACAGUUAUAUCGAUUACCAUCAUGACCACAUGUCAUGCAUGAAGGGGACGGUGGCUGGCGUGAGCCUGGGCUCCGCCUGCAGGCUUCGGCUGAGACCUCUCGAGUUUCGGGUCGCUGACGAAGCGCUGUGCAUCGAUCUCCCCAGCCGUUCCCUCUUCUUCUUGAGCGGCCUUUCCCGCUGGCACCUGCAGCACGCUAUCAUGGACAUGAGGCAUGACCGACUCUCCCUGACUUUCCGGACGGUGGAUCGGUCUGGAAGCCGUUCGCAGCUCUGGAACCGCAGCUGGGCACAGCUUCGUGGAGCGGAGGCAGCGAAUGCUCUAUGGCCUUUGGUGACUCCAGAGGGCUGGGAGUUGCACCGCCUGGAGCGUUGGAACUGGCGUUCCGAAGAGCCGGAAAGUCACAGCUACUACCGCGUUCGACGUUCCAAGGGCGGGGAGACUGCGGCGACUGGGAACUCUUCCAAGACCGCCAGCGGGAUGCAGGGCGAGGCCCACAACGGCGCUGCAGAGUGGCCAACUCCCUCCCGGCUCGAGGACCUGGGCCACUUCUUUGAGGGCAAGUCUGCGGGCCGUCAGAAGGGCCGGGGGCGCAGCUUCUACCGACCGCGGCAGCAGCAAGUGCAGCAGCUCUUCGAAUGCGCUGAGACACUGCACGACGCAGCGCGGCGGCGGGGAGAAAAGGGCCCUCCGCUUCUUCCGAGCGACCGCGCGACCGACUGCUUGAGCGCAGGCCCCGAGCUUUUGCGAGAGCCUUGGAAAUGUCCGCAGGAAGAGCUGUCCGCCGUCCUGACCUACCAGGAACUCCGAGGAGCCCGGGGCAAUCUCCGAAGCUCCUCUGAAGCCUCCAAGCCUGAAUACUUCCAUCCUCCGGCGCCAGCGAAGGAGAGCCUGGCCAAGCAGUGCUACGACGGUGGCCUCUCCUACGAGGAGAAGGCGGCGAAGCGCCAGGAAGAGAUCGACGGGCUCAAGGAGGCGUUGGUGUCUCUGGGUGGCACGGAUCUGACGGCCGUGUUGCUCCAGAACAAGGGCCUCCGCGGAUCCGUGAAGCACUGA